UACGCCGUUCGUUGCACGUGGUUCGCACACGACGCGGUUACCGGCUUUUUUUUUUUUCCGUCACUCGUCACUCCACUACCGUUCCUCGCCGAAAUUCAUCAUGCCCAUCGUAACGAACGUCGUGGACGGCCUGUCGGCCCAAGAGCUGUUCAACACCGGCGAAGGCCUCACUUACAAUGACUUCAUAUUAUUGCCUGGAUUUAUUGAUUUUGUGGCAGGAGAUGUUGACUUGUCUUCACCUCUAACAAAAAAUAUUACUCUUCAAGCACCAUUAGUAUCAUCACCUAUGGAUACUGUAACUGAAUCAGAAAUGGCUACAGCAAUGGCACUUUGUGGUGGCAUUGGUAUUAUUCAUCACAAUUGUUCACCUACCUAUCAAGCAAGUGAAGUACUGAAAGUAAAAAAAUACAAACAUGGAUUUAUUCGAGACCCUGUAGUUAUAUCUCAAGACUUAUUGGUAUCUGAUGUUUUUCGAUUAAAAGAAGAACACGGAUUUUGUGGUUUUCCUGUCACUGAAAAUGGUAAAUUGGGUGGUAAAUUAGUUGGUAUUGUUACAUCUAGAGAUAUAGAUUUUCUUGAAGGAUCUGAACAAUUACAACAAUCAGUUAACUUGGUAAUGACAAGAAUAGAAAAUAUAAUUUCAGCAAAAUCUGGGGUAACUUUAGAACAAGCCAAUAGCCUUUUAGAAAAUUCUAAAAAAGGAAAAUUACCCAUUUUAAAUGAAAAUGGUGAAUUAGUAGCAUUAAUUGCCAGAACAGAUUUGAAAAAAUCACGUAAUUAUCCUAAAGCGUCAAAAGAUGAAAAUAAGCAACUUUUAGUUGGUGCCGCUAUAGGGACACGCGAGGAUGACAAAGAAAGACUUCAUUUAUUACAUCAAGCCGGAGCUGACGUUAUAGUUUUGGAUUCAUCACAAGGAAACUCAGUAUAUCAAAUUGACAUGAUUAAAUACAUUAAAAAAAAUCUUCCAUCAUUACAAGUUAUUGCAGGAAAUGUUGUUACUAUGGCACAAGCAAAAGCUCUUAUAGAUGCUGGUGCUGAUGGCCUAAGAGUUGGUAUGGGUUGUGGUUCUAUUUGUACAACACAAGAAGUAAUGGCAGUUGGUCGAGCUCAAGGAACUGCUGUUUACAGAGUUGCUCAAUAUGCUUCACAAUUUGGUGUGCCUGUUAUAGGUGACGGUGGAAUUCAAUCCAUAGGUCAUAUAAUAAAAUCUCUCGCACUCGGAGCAUCCACAGUGAUGAUGGGUUCCAUGUUAGCCGGAACAUCUGAAUCACCUGGUGAAUAUUUCUUUUCAGAUGGUGUGAGGCUAAAGAAGUAUCGUGGAAUGGGAAGUUUGGAAGCAAUGAAUAGAAAAGAUGCCAAAGGAUCAGCAUUAAACCGAUAUUUCCAUAGCGAGAAAGAUUCCUUGAAAGUUGCUCAAGGUGUCAGUGGAACAAUUGUCGAUAAAGGUUCCGCUCUCAGGUUUUUACCAUACAUACAAUGUGGCCUAAGACACAGUUGUCAAGAUAUUGGUACUAAAUCGCUCAAAAAUCUCAGAGCGAUGAUGUUAUCGGGUGAACUUAGGUUUGAAAGACGUACACAAUCAGCACAACUUGAAGGAAAUGUACACAGUCUAUUUUCAUAUGAAAAACGAUUGUUUUAGUAUAAAAAUGUAAUAUUUGUUACUUAUCAACUUAUUUUAUACUUAAGUAAAUACAAAACUAUAUCAAAUUUUUACUUAACCUAUCAUAUUGUUUUCCAAUGAAAUAAAAAAUAAUAAAAUUUUCUCAU